GUGGUACAGUCAUGUCUACCACACAGUCUACACCUACAUCGCCAACGACCCAACGUGUGAAGUCAGUCCCUAGAGUACUUUCGUCUCCGCUGCGACCAACGUCGCCCCAAAGCUCUUCAACCGUAAUUCCGUCCAACUCUCGUCGACCCUCACUUGGUCCAAAGUCUCGCGCUAGAGACCUCUUGAGGAAACACUAUGGCCUCGGAGUAGGUCCACCACUACCUCUACCUGGGAGAUCAGACGACCCCAUGGAUUUAGAUUCAGCAGCUUUUGAUGCAAAAUCAUACUAUGAACAACUUAUAACUGCAUCAUCUCUGUCGGCUCUGCUGAAACGAGAGAACGACCUACUGACAGAAAUACGUCAACUUGAUGGCGAUAGACAGUCUCUGGUCUACAACCACCAUCAUGAGCUGAUUGCAGCUAGUGAUACCAUAGCUGCGAUGAAGACCCGGGCGGAGGGCUUGGACGCUGACCUUGACCUACUAAAGGCAGCGUUCUCAGAGAUAUCUCGCUUGGGUGCUAAAGUUUCCGUUGAGGAACAGCCUGCAGAUGGCAGCUCUCAUCCAUGAGCCCCCCGCGGCCAUCCAGGAUACAAACUUUCCUCCACAAACCAUCCAAGUAUACAUGACGUAACAAAGGAGUGUUUUAUUAUACAUGAUACCCGCAAGCUCCAGGCUUGCUAUGGCACAAUAUAACUAUAUGGAAUAAUGAU